AUGAGUUAUCAACAACCGGACAUGUAUCACGAUCCCUCCGCGCGAUCCCCUGGUUCCCAGAGGCAUCAACAACCUCUGCACCGUCAACCUUCUCGCCAGUUUGAUGCCUACGGUCCUAUGCCUGUAAACCUAUAUGAGGAUCAGAUGGCCCGUUACGAGUCCGCCAGGUUGGAGCGGUUGAACCCGCCGAUGCAAAACAACAACUCCUACUCUUACGAUCUUUCCGGCUCCCAGACUUGGAAUCCAAAUGGAUUUGCAAACGCUCAAACCCUCGGAGGAAUUCGCUCGGCUUCGGCCAGUUUGAAGCCGGCCGCCCGGGGAAGAACCGGUUUGCCUACUACUUGGCUUGAUCAGCAACCAGGAAUGCCUAGCGCAUUUUCCAACCUAGGCCCUGGUCCUAUUCAGAGCUCUGCGAUGCGCCCGGAAGCAUCGGCUUCAUCCGACGGAGAUGACGAACUUAUUCCUACCGCGAUCGUCAUCAAGAACAUCCCGUUUGCUGUGAAGAAGGAGCAGUUGGUGCAACUGAUGACCGAGUUGAACUUGCCUUUGCCUUACGCUUUCAACUACCACUUCGAUAAUGGGGUAUUCCGUGGUCUGGCUUUCGCCAACUUUACUUCCGCGGAAGAAACGGCUACCGUGAUCGAGAUGUUGAACCACUUCGAACUUCAGGGUCGGAAAUUGCGCGUGGAAUAUAAGAAGAUGCUUCCUUUGCAGGAACGGGAACGGAUUGAACGGGAAAAGCGUGAGCGUCGCGGUCAACUGGAAGAGCAGCACCGACCCAUGCCUUCCUCUCAACUGCAGACUCAGAGUUCUAUGACCUCUCUGAACUCGCACAUCCCAGCUACUUCGCCUUCUCCGGUCUCACAACGUGGCCAGAAACUCGAUGUGGACUUGAAUGACACCCAGACCCUCCAGUACUACUCACAGCUGCUUCUGUUUAAGGAGGACACUGCUCGCGAUUCCCGACGCACGGUUCACACUCUGGCUCACAACAUGGGGUUGGCCCAUGCCUCCCGAGGAAGUGGAGAUCAACGCCAGGUCCAGGUCUUCAAGGUUGCCGCCGGUACCAACGUGAGCCCGCCUUUGCAGCCCAUUCCUCCUGCGGGACAGUCGGACAGCUCUCGCCGUGGACUAAACCGUGCUGCCACGAUUGACUUUAGUGAGGCCCGCAACGAAGGUGGUCCUGGUGCCUUUAACACCCUCCGGGGUCAGACUUCUAGUUUCCUGGGUGUUUUGGACUCGCCCGGCAACUUCAACAACACUCAGAACCUGCGCGCCGCCAAAUCCUUCGCUGAUCUCCGUUCUUACACCCCGUCCCCUGUUCCAUCCUCCGCUAGCUUCCCUGCUGCUCUGCAGUCCAACGGAACUCGCCUGCAGUACGAAGGCGCUCCUACCGGUGCCUCGAACACCCCGACAUUGACCUCCGCCCCCUCCGGCUCCUCUCUUGGUAUGCAACGUGAUGAUAACCUGCUUGUCAACAGCCUGGGUGGCCUUUCACUGGGCACAGGCAUUGGUGGCCCCAACUCCAGCCCUCGACGACUCCGUGGUAUGUUCUCCUGGGAGCAGGACAGCCAACCUUCUGCCACCGGCGCCAUUGGCAGCAACCGUGGAAUGGGUGGAUUUGACACCGCUCAGCAGGAGCGCAUGCCGAUUCGCCAACCGCGUGGCCCGACUCCCGACAAGGGCCCCGGUUUCCGGCGCCAAAACGGUCACCAGGCUCGCGGCAGUGACGAGCUUCGCGCCAGCUCCGGGGUCGAGAUCAUCGUGGAGUAG